UAGUUAAGUCAUGCACCGAGACAAAAAUUGACAACAAACGGGCUAUUGUCAUUACCAUAAGAUACAGUCAAGAAAAACUUCAAUGAACACUCCUUGAACUUGGAGUUUUAAAGAGAUUGUGUGGAAAAAAGUUUAUGGCGAUAUUUGAAGCGUUAUUAAAAAUUGUUUAUCACCAUUUAUUAACUUCAACUAUGACUGAGAAAUCUACACUUUUGCUGCUAAUUUCAAUUGCCCUAUGCUGUACCCAGUUGACAUGGGGCUAUUCGGCCAAAGAAGAUGCUCGCAUAAUUGCCGAUUAUAAACGACAAUUAAAAUUUAAUCCCUCUGAGUUAAAUCAUGCACAAAUUGCUAGAAAAUUGGUACACCAGGCCAAUUGGGCUUCCGUGGGUACAAUUUCUACAAAUUCCAUGGUCAAGGAUUACCCUAUGGUCAAUAUCAUAUCGAUCAAUGACAAUGAUGUAGAUCAUAAAUCAACGGGUCGUAUACGUUUUCUAUUGACGGAUUUGGAUUUUACCGGUCCCGAUUGGCAGAACAAUAAUAAAGUGACCAUGCUAUUCACCGAUGAACAGACGUUGCAUUGUAUGCACUCUCGUCCAAUCAUUGAUCCAAUGGAACCCACAUGCCAACGUGUAAUGAUAAGUGGACAAGUUAUAAGGAUGAACAAAGACGACACCUCAUACGACGAAGCACUUGUAAGCUUUGUGGAACGUCAUCCGGCAGCUAAAAAUUGGUUAAAAGCACAUAAAUUCUAUCUAUGCGAACUGGAUAUAAAGAAUAUCUUCGUAUUGGAUUACUAUGGAGGCCCCCACAAUGUUGCAACCAAUGAUUAUUAUAAUGUUCAAUUGUAAUAUUUGUAACUUUUUUGAUUACUUGGCAACAGUUGCAACCUCCUUUUGUAAAACAUUAUAUUAUUAAAUUAAGUAUGUUGGCGUAGUUUUUGUAUAAAAUGCAAAUAAUACAGUUCGACAUGCCUUUUAAAUAAAAGUUAAAAAAAAUAUAAGAUAA